AUGGCGGGAAAGGGGACUGAAACCAAUUUUGAGGGAAUUGAGAGCAAGUUUUCCUUACGGACGCCUGCAGAGCCUGAUGAGGAUGUCUGCUACCUGGUUCCUGGGCAGGUGAACAGCCUGGCACGGUGCAACUUUAACCAUACCAGCAAAACCUUCGUGGUGAUCCAUGGCUGGACGGUGACAGGAAUGUAUGAAAGCUGGGUCCCGAAGCUGGUGGAUGCUCUGUACAAGAGAGAACCUGAUUCAAAUGUCAUUGUGGUGGACUGGCUAGUUCGGGCUCAGCAGCACUACCCAGUGUCAGCUGCAUACACCAAGCUGGUGGGAAAGGAUGUUGCUACGUUUAUUGACUGGAUGGAGGAACAAUUCAAUUAUCCUCUCAACAAUGUCCACUUGCUGGGCUACAGUCUAGGUGCUCAUGCUGCUGGGGUUGCUGGGAGCCUGACCAAGAAGAAGGUGAACAGAAUUACUGGGCUGGAUCCAGCUGGUCCUACCUUUGAGUAUGCUGAUGCCCCCACCCGCCUCUCCCCGGAUGAUGCUGACUUUGUGGAUGUCCUACACACCUAUACUAGAGGCUCUCCAGACCGCAGCAUUGGGAUCCAGAAGCCUGUUGGACACAUUGAUAUUUAUCCUAAUGGUGGAGGUUUCCAGCCAGGCUGCAACCUGGGAGAAGCACUCCGUCUGAUUGCUGAGAAAGGCUUUGCAGAUGUGGAUCAGUUGGUGAAAUGCUCCCAUGAACGAUCCAUCCACCUCUUCAUUGACUCUCUCCUGUAUGAAGAGAAGCCCAGCAUGGCCUACCGUUGCAACACAAAGGAAGCCUUUGAGAAGGGUCUGUGCCUGAGCUGCCGGAAGAACCGCUGCAACAAUUUGGGUUACAAGGUCAACAGAGUGAGAACAAAGAGAAACACCAAAAUGUACUUGAAGACCCGUGCUCAAAUGCCCUAUAAAGUCUUUCAUUACCAGGUCAAGAUCCAUUUCUUUGGAAACACUAUUACGACCAAGACAAACCAGCCAUUCCUCAUUUCCCUCUAUGGCACUCUAGAUGAGAGUGAGAACAUUGCAUUCACACUGCCUGAAGUCUCCACAAACAAGACCUUCUCCUUCCUGAUUUAUACAGAAGUGGACAUUGGUGACCUGCUUAUGCUGAAGCUGCAGUGGGAGAAAGAUACUUUCUUCAGCUGGUCAGACUGGUGGACUCCUUUUACCUUUGACAUCCAGAGAGUCAGAGUGAAGUCAGGAGAAACUCAGAAAAAGGUGGUGUUCUGCUCUCGAGAUGGCACCUCGCAUCUCAGUAAGGGAGAAGAGGCAGCAAUAUUUUUUAAAGG